AUGGUGCGCCGGGGGCUGCUGGCGUGGGUGUCGCGUGUCGGGGGGCUGCUGGUGCUGCUGUGCUGUGCCGUGUCGGUGCUCUACAUGCUGGCCUGCACCCCGAGGGGCGACCAGGAGCAGCGGGGGCUGCCGCGGGCCCACGGCCCCACGGGCAAGGACGGCUUCCAGGCCGCGCUGCAGGAGCGGGAGGAGCAGCACCGCGACUACGUGAGCAGCCUGAAGCGGCAGAUCGCGCAGCUCCAGGAGGAGCUGCAGGAGAGGGGCGAGAAGCUACGGGGCGACCGCGGCCCCCCGGCCAGGAGCCAGGCCGACCUGCUGGCCUUCCUGCGCGCACAGGUGGACAGGGCGGAGGUGCACGCCGGGGCCAAGCUGGCCACCGAGUACGCGGCCGUGCCCUUCGACAGCUUCACCCUGCACAAGGUGUACCAGCUGGAGACCGGCCUGACCCGCCACCCCGAGGAGAAGCCGGUGAGGAAGGACAAGCGGGACGAGCUGGUGGAAGCCGUCGAGUCGGCCUUGGAGGCCCUGAACAGCCCUGCGGAGAGCGGCCCCCAUCAGCGCCCUUACACGGCCUCGGACUUCAUAGAAGGGAUCUACCGAACAGAAAAGGAUAAAGGCACUUUGUAUGAGCUCACCUUCAAAGGAGACCACAAACACGAGUUCAAACGACUUGUCUUGUUUCGACCGUUUGGCCCUAUCAUGAAAGUGAAAAAAGAAAAACUCAACAUGGCCAACACGCUUAUCAACGUUAUCGUGCCACUAGCAAAGAGGGUGGACAAGUUUCGGCAGUUCAUGCAGAAUUUCAG